AAAAGGAUCCAAGCUGGUGAGGUUGUUGCAGAGAUAUGACCGGCAGACACGGCUGUAGGAGGCAACGGACAGCCCAGGCGGUGAAACGAGACCCAUGGAAGCCAAGGAAGUGCCUGCUGCCCACCACUGCGCCGCAGACUCUGCCACUGGGGAUGAGCCCAGAGCCCUCCCGGGCACAGAGCUUAUCCCCAGGAGAGCUGUCAGUCGCUCUCCAACCUGCGCCCGCUGCCGAAACCACGGCGUCACUGCGCACCUCAAGGGCCACAAGCGCCUGUGCCUCUUUCAGACUUGCGAGUGUCACAAAUGUGUCCUCAUCUUGGAGCGCCGAAGGGUCAUGGCUGCCCAGGUGGCCUUGCGUAGGCAACAGGAGGCACAGCUAAAGAGGCACCUGGCUCAGGGACUCAUGAGGAGAGGGGCGGCCCCUCCCAAAGCUCCUAGCCAUGCCAAGAAGGGAGCCACUCCACCAGGGGUCCCCUCUGGAAAGGAGAACAUAGCACCCCAGCCUCAGACGCCCCAUGGGGCAGUCCCACUGGCACUGACACCCCCUGGGAAGGAUAACUCCCAGGGGCCUCUGCUGCUCAGCCGUCCCCCAGAAGCCUUGCCUUUGUCCUGGACUCCAAUGCCCCCAGGCCCUUGGGCUCCUGGACACUGGCUUCCUCCAGGCCUUUCCAUGCCACCCCCAGUGGUGUACCGCUUGCUAUACCAAGAACCUACUGUCCCUCUGCAUCCCUUUUCUGACUUUGACCCUGGCACUUCCCUCCGGCUGCCCACUCAUGGACCCCGCCCAACCUGCCCAGGAUCUUGCCCAAUACUGAUGGCUCCUCUUUCCAGAGAAUCCCAAGGGCCCUCUGCCUUGCCCCGCACAUGCUCGACUCUGAUACUCCAGCCCUGUGGCACCCCAGACCCUCUUCUGCUGCAGCCACAGGCGCCUGCAGCCUCUCGCCUAGCCUGGACCUCUGCCCCCUCAGAGCGGCAGCUGCAGCGGGAGGCAGCUGAGGCUCUUGUGGGUCUGAAAGAUUCUUCCCAGGCUCCCCGCCUGACCUCUUCUGUUCCUCCCAACCCUGCCUGGAUCUCCCUGCUCCACCCCUGUGGCCCACCAGCUCCUGCUGGAGGAAGAGGAUUCCAGCCUGUUGGCCCCUCUCUCCGCCCCAGCCCAGCCCCCUCCGUAGCUCUGCAUAUUGGGCAUCUGGGCUCCAUCUCCCUCCUAAGCUAGAAGCCCAGAGGUUGAGACCUCACUUGAGCAAGGGGCAAGAGCCUGCAGUCACUGCAUAUUUGGUAUUUUGCCUCUGGAUUUAUGCAUGGAAUAUAAUAUAGUGCAAGCUUCCGGCUUUUUUUUUUUUUUUUAAGCUUUAUUGUGCUUUGUUAGCUUUUGGUUCCUUUUGUAGUGUGGGUAUUUCCUUGACUGAAAGUGGAUAUCCUCUUACCCACUUGGGUCCGGGGACCUUUUUAAAUACCCAACAAAGUGAGAGUUAUGCAAUUUAAGCUAACAAGUAUCUAAAUAGGUUUUUGCAUGAGUUCAUGUUCCAGAAUAUUUGACAUGUGAUUCUGUACGUACUUGUGCACUUAUGUCUGUCUCCACGCGUGCAAAAACAGGAGGGUAUUUUCAUUUUGUGUCUACGUUUGGGUGAGUAACCGAAAAAUAAACCUUUGUUGUUUUAAGCCACUGA